AUGGCAUCGGGUAUAAAAGGGAGAUGCAAACCAACACAGGACAGCGUUCAAGGAGCCUUCUUCCGAAACCCUCAAGCACCCACGGAGAAAACCGACAUGGUGAAUGACCUGAAGAAGAAGAACCCGCAUCUGAAGGUGCUCAUAGCUGUAGGUGGCUACAGCCUAGGCUCGUACCCCUUUAGCAUCAUGGUGGCGAACGCCAACACGAGAGCGCUCUUCGUGAAGCAGUCUAUUGACUUCCUCAGGCAACAUGGCUUUGAUGGACUCGAUAUAGACUGGGAGUAUCCAUCGGGAAUCGACAAAGAACGCUUUGUCUACUUAGUCAAGGCGCUGAAGGAAGCUUACGAACAAGAGGCCAUGGAGAGCCAACGUCCCAGGUUGCUGCUUACCGCUGCCGUACCAGCAGGGGGCGGUGCCAUAGACAAUGGUUUCGAUAUUCGAGCGCUUUCAUCGUACCUGGACUUCAUCUCGUUGAUGUCGUAUGAUCUCCAUGGACAGUGGGAAUCAUUUCUUGGUCACAAUAGUCCGCUGUUCGCACGCUCGAACGAAGAUGUGUGGCAAAAGCAGCUGAACAUCAAAUGGGCAGCAGAUAAAUGGGUGGAUGGUGGAUGUCCGAAGGAGAAGCUCAUCAUCGGACUGGCAGCGUAUGGUCGCAGCUUCACGCUCCAGAACCCGUCUAUGCACGUUAUAGGCGACCCGGCAAAGUCCGGCGGUACUGCAGGAAAAUACACCGGAGAGUACGGCUAUAUGGCUUACUACGAGGUGUGCAUCAUGUUGAACUCGGGAGGCACACGAGUGUGGAAUGACGAGCACAAGGUUCCUUACGCCUACAAGGGCGACCAGUGGGUCGGCUACGAUGACGAAGAAUCAAUCGCCAAUAAGGUUGCAUGGAUUAAAAGUCAGGGUUUUGGAGGAGCCAUGACAUGGUCACUUGAUCUGGAUGACUUCCGCGGAGCGUUCUGCAAUAAAGGAAAGUAUCCGCUGCUUAACACAAUGAAAAAUGGACUACCAUCCUCGUAUGAACUCGAUGGGUGGGUGCCGCCGUCAACAGUAACCACCUCAACUAGUGCCGGCUCUGUGUCGACAACGCCAUCUGGUGAAGGUGGCAGUGUUGAGAAUUUCUGCCACGGCAAACGCAACGGUUACUAUGCCGACGAUGCGGACUGCACCAUGUUCUACCAGUGCUUCAGCGACGUGACGCAUCACCUCUCGUGCACCCCGGGUCUCCGCUGGAGUAGGAUGUACACUUACUGCGACUGGGCGGAUAACGUUGAAUGCGUCGAAUCGCAAGGCGACAACAUUGACACGCUGUGA